CCGCGUCAGUUGGAUGGGACGGGACUCUGACUGUAAGUGAUCGAAUACCACACGGCGAGUUUGGUGGGCGGGGGCGGUGGGCGGGGGUAAGGGGAAGACUCCGACGCGUGUCACGUUGCCGGCCGGCCGGCCUUCGAUGACACGUGGCAGGUUAUUGACAGCCGAAAGGAGAAAGAGUGAUUAAGGUGACACGUCGACUCGAAAGGGGAGGAGGGCAGGGCCUCGAGGGAUAAGUGUCACGUGCUCGGCCGGCCGGCCGUUCAGUGACCGACACGUGACAGGCUGUCGACAGCACUUACGUUCCUCUUCCAUCGUCCUCCUCGCAAAAGCUCCAACGAGGUAGCACAGCUGUCGUGGUUCCCUCCUCCUAGUGGAGGGAAGGAGAUGGCAGCAAUCCACGUGUCAGUUAGUGAUUGCCCGGGAAAGCUAACCCCUUUAACCCCUUUUUCAUUCCCCUCCUCCCCUCCCCCCUCCCCCCCUCUCUCUCGCCACCCCCUGAGCACUGAUGCUUUAUUCUGGGAGAAGUGUCGUGGGAGAAUGAUUAUGAAUGACCCAUGAGUGGCACCUCUGACGGAUGCCUUUGCUUCGUUGUCAGUCCGUCGAAUCGUCGUUAGUGUACCAGUGCGAGAGCUUCAUUAGGUCGCCGAGGAGCAAUCUCAUGCAAAUAGUCGAGCGAGCAACGACUGUUCGAAAGGGUGAUCAGGUCGCCGAGCGGCACUGGUGCAAACACUCGAGGCCGUAGCAACCAAGAGCACGGCGUCGUGCAUUCAUGCAUGCAUGCAGACGUGCAUGCAUGCAGACGUGUAUACGUUAUACGUGCAAACGUGCAUACGUGCAUGCAUGCAGACGUGUAUACGUUAUACGUGCAUACAUCCGUAUAAGUGCGUAUGAGUGCAUGCUCGGUGGAGGCUGCAUGCAUGUUGUUGCACUGCUUUGCGGUAUUGCGGGGCUCUGCUUGACGAACCAUCCGUCCCUGUCUUCUCAACUAUCGUUUGGCCUGUUGCUGAUUGAUUGAUUGAUUGAUUGAUUGAUGGGCAGAAGGGUGGCCGGGUAGGUGGGCGGAUCGGUCACCCUCGCCUAAAAUGAACAGAUGGAUGGAGGCUCCAAGUUGCUGAAAGUGGAAUAUUGCACUGCAGAGAAGAGCGAAGGGAAGUUGAGAGAGAGAGAGAGAGAGAGAGAGAGAGAGAGAGUCGUUGUCGACUACUAUCAUGAUGUCUACUGGAAUGUCGACGAUACGCAAGUACUAUCCGAAGUUUUACGUGAAGAGGAGGAACAAGAAGGCAGAGGAGCGGCGAAUUGCGUCGGGGGGAGGGAAAGGGGGGCUAGACUUGAAUGCGAGGGAUAUUGCCAAUGACGGAAUAGAUAAUGUGAGUAGCGAUGGGGGAGGAGGAGGAGGAGGGGGAGAGAGUGGAGGAGGAGGAGGAGGAGGGGAGACGUUUCGAAUGUCAAGUGAUGGGAGAAGUAGUGAAGGAGGAGGAAGACGAAAUGGGAGGAGAGAGAGAAGCCAAGGAGAGGAGGAAGGAGCAGCAGGAGGAGGAGGAGGAGGAGGAGUAGGAGUAGGAGGAGGAACGAGCAGCGGAAGCAUGGGUAUGGAGUAUGAGGGGGUCGCGGUGUCUGCCGGAACAGGCUGCGGUCUGACAAGCGCCAUAGCGAAGGGAAUGCAGUUGGAUGAAGAUGGUUCUCAUCCCUCCCUUGCUCCUCCUCCUGCUCCUCCUCCUCCUCCUCCUCCUCUCUCUGUGGGUGUUUCUCCCCCACGAAAUGAUCGUGGAGGUGAUGGCGGGGGACGGAUUGGAGAGAUCCCUCGGUUGGAUAGCAUGAGGAGCGGAUCUUUCUCCUUCGACGUGGAAGGCGUUGUCAAUGGUCAUCAUCAUCAUCAUCAUCAUCAUCAUCGGCAUGAUCAUCAGCUUCAUCAUCAUCAUCAUGAUGAUGCUAAUCACACUCCUCCUCCUCCUCCUCCUCCUGCUCAAUCACGUCAUCAUCAUCGAGUUCCUGCACAUCACGCUCAUCCUCGUCAUCAAAGGGCACCGAAUGACCUUCUCAGCCAAAUAGCUAUGGCGGCCGACGUGCAUCCGGCGAGCAUGAAUGGCAGCGGCUUCGACCCGCACUCCACCGUGGUUCGAGUCGGAGGGGGAGGAGGAGGAGGAGGAGGAGGAGGAGGAGGAGGAGGAAAGACGCCAUCGCCGUCACGGCUAGGGGUAGAGGUACUCCCUCUUCCAGGGUCUUCAAAUUGCUCCAGCUCAGCGACAGAAAUCAACGAUGCUGAAGUGGAAGUCGUCGAUACGGGUCCUGAUGAGGUGUUGGUGGUUGGAGCGAUCCCGGAGGAGGCAAUCAAUGACCUUAAGGAAUUCUGCCGCCCACUGCUGGUCGACGGAGCAGAGCGCAUGCAGCAGCAGGAGGUUGCGCAGAAAGCCUGGGCGGCGAGGGGGAUGAUCCUCAUGGGAUCGGCAGCUGUCCAUGUUGCAGAAGGUUUCCUGGCAGAGGCACCAAGCCUGGAGAUCAUCGCUGUCGCUGGGAGUUCUGCGAAGAACAUUGAUGUUAUUGGUUUCUUGGGAUUAAGUGACGUGGUGCAGGCCAUUGUGAAGAUGCUCUCUGUGUUUGACAUUAAGUCGGCAUGUGUAUAUGAUGAAAGACACAGACUCAACGAGAGAGAGACGUGGGGAGGAAUUGUCGUGACACCAUCGGCAUCACUACCAGAUGUUCUUGCAGAGAGCGACGUGAUUUUCGUUGUCGAGAGAGCGCAUGCACCUUUGCCUAUUUCUUUGACGCCAGAAACACUGAAGAUGGUCAAGAAGGGUUCGUAUCUGGUAAAUGCUGACCCAAGCUUCAAGGUGGAUGAAGAAAGCCUUUUGGAGGCGUUGGAGAACAAGAUUCUAGCAGGGUAUGCUUCUGUUGCUCCCUGCGGUCCCCAGGGGAAUGCCGGUUCAUGGUCUGACAUGCGGUCUGGAGAUCAGCUGCCUGCACUUGGGAAGAUGGACUUUGUGAGCCUACCACAGGUAGAGCAACAACAAUCGUAUCUGCAGAGCGCUCGGGGACCCGAAAAGUCGCCCCCUCGGCCACCAUUAUGGGACACGAAUGGCAGCAGUGGCAGGAAUGCAGAUUUAACCGGCCGACUGCAGAAGCUGGGCCAUCAAACACUCUUCUACCCCCACUGGCAAGCGCACCUAAAGAAGAUGACGGACGACAUUACACGGCUCGCUGUGAAACAAGUGCGGGCAGUGUUCCGGCAACAAACACCUUAUCAUUCUGUGAACAACAUCCUCUCCCCUUUCCAUUCAGUGGGGAGUGCGCAGAGGUCCUACAUUGGACUGACGCGCUGGGCGCAGAGGGCCACUCCGGAUGUCAGUGUCAGUCCGCUGGGGAAACGGGCUCUGCUUCCGGAAUCCACGCAGGCAGGGCAGUUUGCGGGCAUCCCAGAAUUGCAACACGCCAACAAGAUCGGCCGGCAUCACAUAAAUAGUGGCAGGUAAGCGACAGGGCAGCAGCAAGCUAGCUAGUAGAGCUGACUAAAUGCCAAACAGCUGGCCUAAUGCAACACGAAUAACCACUUGCAAGAAGUGAAAUCGAUUCCACAUCGACCUCUGGUUGACAGCACAGCAGCAUCACUUGCCAAUCUUGGCAAGGCCACCCACUACAGACGAUGAUUACCUCACAAGAUUGUUUGCUACUUCAGAUGCGGAAUACAGGGGUCCGUUCCAUUCUAAUGUACAGCUAAGCAAGUACACAUUCAGCCUCCUGAUGAGUCGGUGAAACUCCGACGAAACAGUUUGCCACAGCCCCUCGUUUGUUGUCCUCUUCUCUCUCUCUGCCUACGGUUUACCGGGCAGUUCUGUUUGUGACGAUAUAUAUGACUUCGUCUCCUCCCCCCUUCCU